CCUUAACAGCCUCAUUUUGCGCCCAAAUACGCGGCCCCAGCCGCUACCACCGACAUUAUGUUUUGCUUGUCUAGGAGGCUCCGAUGCUCUUCCUAUUCUCAAACAGAAGAAUUGAAACCCCCAAUUAUAAUUAGGAUAUGUGGUAGUGCGGACACUACUGGCGCAAACAGAUGGAGAGUUGCACGAUUAUCUAUUCAAAACUCGGGCGAAAAUAUCAUUUCAAGACACUUAGUAAACGAGAUUCUACAUUUACCGAUUCAGCCAUUGGACCACGCAACCCCCUCAAUCGUUCAGCAGAGCUUUGAAGGAUAUGUAGACCUUUCCUGGCAUUUCGAGGGUCAUCCAGAUCAGCAACACCGUGGUCGAUUUUUUGUCACAUCGAAAGUCCAUCCUCAACACGAUGCAAUCGACGCGACUAUUGGAAGACGGAGCUUGGAGCGCCUUGGGACCCCGAUGACACGUCAUUGAAGGACUUGAACGUGACAGGGGUGUUGGAGGGAGUUUGGGUGGCGCAAGAAAUGAUAAGCGCCAGGGCAGAUCUUUUUUCCUUUCCUUUCCUCAUGGCAUUAUCUUUGUUUUGGGAAAUCGUUGCAUUAACGGGCGACUUCAUGAUAUUUUGAUACGGUAGGCAUUAGAAUUUAAACCCUUAUUGAGCUAGAAGGCAUAUAAAAGGUGGAGGUUGCGAUUGUCUGUACUAUCGUCCUUUCUCACGUUCCGCUGAUUCGGAAUUCGACAACGAACGCUGGCGAUCGUGAUGUAUCUGUAUUAGACGAAGCAAUGGGUUGAG